AUGGACUACACAGCUAAGCAAGAUGAUUCCAACAAACUUGCUACUGAGGGAAUCAACGACGCGAGCUCCAUUCACAGGGCCUCAAUCUACAUUGCCAACGUGGAGACCAAGCGUGGUCUCUCUCCACGACAUGUGCAAUUGAUGGCUAUUGCAGGUAGUAUCGGCACUGCCCUCUUUGUUGGUAUUGGCGGUGCACUCUCCAAAGCCGGUCCACUCUCGCUUGUUCUUGGAUAUCUCUUUUGGAGCAUGUUUUUCAUCUUGCCAUGCACCCUCAGUGUUGCAGAGAUGUGUGCAUAUCUCCCUGUCCGAGGGAGUAUUUUCGAGCUUGCCAGCCGCUUUGUCGACCCAGCUCUUGGUUUUUCUAUGGGCUGGACAUACUUCUAUGGUGGUAUUAUGCUGGUUUGUGUCGAAUAUAGUGCUGUCGCGACGGUGAUGCAGUAUUGGAAUACUACUAUCAACCCAGGGGUAUGGGUCGCCAUGGCCUUGGUCGUCUGCUUCCUGUUGAACAUGGCUGCUGUCAAGUGGUAUGGCGAGUCUGAAUUCAUCAUGGCGUCGACAAAAGUGAUUUUGAUCAUCGGCCUCAUGCUUCUCACUCUGAUUACCAUGUGCGGUGGAAACCCCCGAGGCGAUGCGUAUGGUUUUCGAUACUGGGGUGGUGGAAAUGCCAUGCACACAUAUUACACCGAUGGAGCAACUGGCCGCUUUCUUGGCUUUUGGUCUGUGGUUAUUUAUGCUGCAUUCACCAUUGGCGGCCCCGACCUGAUCUGCUUCACGGCCGGCGAGAUCCAGAACCCCCGGCACACGAUCCCGCGAGUGGCUCGACUGAUAUUCUAUCGCCUCGCCUUCUUUUACGUUGUUGGAGUCCUUGCAGUUGGUAUCAUUUGCUCAAGUCGUGAUGAACGGUUGAUGAGCGCUAUUGAGAAUGGUGAUUCAGGGGCGGCAGCUUCGCCCUGGGUCAUUGGCAUUGAGAAUUUGGGCAUCCAGGGCUUGCCACAUGUGAUCAAUGCCGUUAUCUUACUGUCUGGCUGGUCCUGCGGGAAUGCUUACCUGUACUCGACUUCUCGCUCCCUGUACGGACUUGCUCGCGAUGGACUUGCCCCAAAGUUCCUUAUGAAGUGCACCAGGUCGGGCGUACCCAUCUACUGCGUCCUAGUUGUCACUUUACUUUCCUGCCUCUCCUUCCUCGUCGUUUCUAACUCGUCCGUCCAAGUUUUCUACUGGUUCGUCGAUCUCACUACUGGCGGAUUUGUCUACGUCUAUACUUGCAUGCUCUUGACAUUCAUCGGGUGGCAUCGCGCGUUGAAGGCCCAACCAACCGUUGUUCCAGAGUCAUCUCUACCAUUCUUGUCGCCAUUCAGGCCGUAUGGCGCCUACUUUGCCUUUGGUCUGGGAUGCAUCUUUCUCAUCUUUAUCGGUUGGGAUACCUUCUCGCCCUUUGAUGUUGAAGGCUGGAUUACCUACUAUUUUGCCACUGCGUUCGGCCCCUUCAUGUUUGUCGUUGGGAAGAUUCUUAAACGAUCACGAUUCGUCAAACCUUCGGAAGCUGACCUGAUUACGGGAAAAGCUGAAGUUGAUGAGGAAACUCGAGUCUGGGAAGAUCCUGCGGCGUUGGAGAAUCAGAGACUGCGUCUACAAGAGAUGAACUGGGCUAGACGGUUUUGGGAGAAGCUUUGGUAG